CCCUAUUCCAGAUUGAAAGCUAAAUUCAGUGUGUUAUUCUUUGCAGAUAAGCAAGCAUUCUCUCUGUGAAACAAAUAGCACUUUGAAUCCUGACCCGAAUGGCCUUAAAAGAGACGAAGCAGUUGAACCUAAAGAGGAAUGAACGAAUAGAUGUUGACUACAUAAAAGGGAUUCUUCAACCUACACCCACUUGUGCUACCUGGGAUGAAAUCUGGAACUUUCAAGCCAAGCCAGAUGACCUACUUAUUUCUACCUAUCCGAAAGCAGGUGUGACUCAAGCUAAUGCAAUGCCAUCACCACGCAUACUAAAAACUCACCUUCCCAUCCAGCUGUUGCCACCAUCAUUCUUGGAGAAGGGCUGUAAGAUAAUCUAUGUGGCAAGAAAUCCCAAGGACAACUUAGUGUCCUAUUACCAUUUCCAUAAGAUGAAUGCAGCACUUCCUGAUCCAGGAACCUGGGAAGAGUAUUUUGAAGAUUUCCUGGAAGGAAAAGUGUGCUGGGGUUCCUGGCAUGAUCAUGUGAAAGGAUGGUGGAAUGCAAAAGACAAAUAUCCCAUUCUCUACCUCUUCUAUGAGGACAUGAAGAAGCACCCAAAGCAUGAAAUUAGAAAGAUAAUGAAAUUCAUGGAGAAGAACCUAGAUGAAGAUGCUUUAGAUAAAAUCAUCUAUCAUACCUCUUUUGACAUGAUGAAAAAGAAUCCAAUGGCAAAUUAUACAGCAAUUCCUGGUGAAAUCAUGGACCACUCUGUUUCUCCAUUCAUGAGAAAAGGGUCUGUAGGAGACUGGAAGAGCUAUUUCACUGUGGCCCAGAAUGAGAGAUUUGAUGAAGACUACAAGAAGAAAAUGAUGGGUACCACUCUGACUUUCUGUUCUAGUCUGUAAGAAGAAAUCAGGAAGAAUCCAAACUUAUGAAGACUUUACCUGCAAAUACUCUUGGAUUCUCCUAUCAUUUAUAAUAGCACCUAUCUCACAGAAUUGUUUUAAGGAUAUUUGUAAGGGGCUUUGCAAACCUUAAAGUGCUAUAUAAGUGCCAGCCAUCAUCAUCAUCAUCAUCAUCAUCAUCAUCAUCAUCAUUAUUGUUGUUGUUGUUGUUGUUGUUGUUAUUGUUAUUGUUAUUAUGUUUGGUCAUCAUCAUUCAGCUAACUAAAGGGACUGUAUUUUCUUUUUAUUCCCUUCUCAAGAAGCUAGAAAUUCUGCAAUUUAAUAUCAAAUGUCCAAUACAGAACUCAUUAUCUUUCACCCUAAACAUUCCCUGCUUCCUACUUUCCAUAUUCCUGUAGGGGGAAACAUCAUCCUCCCAGUCUCUCAGGCUCACAAACUAAGAGUCAUCCUGGAUUCCUCAUUAUCUCUAACUGGCACCACCACCACCACCACAUGCCCCCUCCCCUGCUCAUCCCUCCACCAUAUCCAAGGUAUUGCCAAGGACUGCCAAUUUUACCUUUGCAACAUCUCUCUUACAUGCCUCCUUCUUUCCUCUGACACUACCACCACUCCGGUAUAGGCCCCCAUCAUCUCAUGCCUGGAAUACUGCAAUAGCCUGCUGGCAGGUUUGCCUGCCUCAAGUCUCUCCCCACUCCAAUUCAUUCUCCAUUCAGCCACUAAAGUGAUUUUCUUGAAAUUCAGGUCUUAUCCUAUCAAUACCUUCCCUGUCUCCUCCACCCCCACUCGAUAAACUCCAGUGGCUUCCUAUCACCUCCAGAAGCAAAUGCAAAAUGCUCUAUUUGGCAUUCAAAGCCCUUCAAAACCUAACCCCUUCCUACCUUUUCAGUCUUCUUAAACCCUACUCCCUGACAUAUGUUCUUCAAUCCUGUAACACUGGCCUCCUGGCUCUUCCAUGAACAAGACACUCAUUCUUCAGCUCUAGGCACUUUUUCUGACUGUCCCCCAUGCUCAGACUGCUGACCUCCCUGGCUUUCUAUGAGUCCCAACUAAGAUCCUCCCUUCUAUAGGAAGACUUCCCUAACCCUUAUUAAUUCUAGGGCUUUUCCUUUUUAAAAUUAUUUUCUAUUUAUCCUGAAUAUAGCUUACUUUGUAUGCAUUUAUUUACAGGUUGUCUCCCUAUUAGAUUGCAAGCUCCUUGAGAACAGGGGCCAUCUUUUGCCUCUUUUUGUAUCUCCAGAGCUUAGCGCAAUGCCUGGCACAUGGUAUGUGUUUAACAAAUGUUUAUUGAAUUGAAUUUUGUAUUAGCAUCAUGGCUAAACCUUCUAUAAACCAUGUUUGUUACAAAUUAA